AUGGCUUCAACAUUAUCAUCUCCCUCAUUAUGUCAACAAUCUCAAUGUGAUGCAUAUCAAUUUACUAUCUGUCGACAUUGUCAAUUAUUUCUUUGUAUAAGACAUUUAGCUGAACAUCAACAACAAUUUCCAAGUGAUUUUCAACGUUUAUUAGAUGAUGCACGAAGACAACAAGCACAAUUAGCAUCAUUUGAUAAACGAUUAACUGAACAACGUUUAAAAUUAAAUCAAGCUCUUGAUAAUGAAAUGGAACAUUUUAGACAAUUAAAUGCAUAUGUACAAUCAAAAACAUCAGUAUCAAAUAAUAUUGGACCAGAUGAUUUUGUUAAUAUGCGUUCAUGUCUUGCACGAUUACAACAAACAGCCGCCUUUUUACCCGUUAUUGAUAAAAUUGGACAAUUGAUUGGUGAACACGAAUCAGCAACAGCUACAAAUACUAGUAAUGCUCCAUUUAAUGAUGAAAGUUUAUAUGGUACAUUUGGUGAUUCACGAUUAUUUUUAAUAUCGAAUCUUAAACAAGACCAAAAUAAUAAAAAUGAUCGAAAUCGUUCAGACAACAUUUCAGAUCUACUAAAUUCCUCUUCUAUUUCCUAUUCAAAUCAAGAUCUUUUGUCAUCAAACAUCGAAAAAGUAACAGAAAAUGAUGAUGAACUACCAGAAAUUGAAACUAAUCAACCUCAUAAUUCAUUAACGGUUCGAGAAUUAAAAACUUACAAAUGUGACUAUUGUCCAUUAGCAACAAAUACUUAUGGUAUUGAACGACAUCAUCAAGUUCGUCAUAUACCAUGUAUACGUCGUUCAAAUUCUCAAAUAUCAUUAUUUGAACAUCUUAAACAAUAUCAUUAUUUAAAUUAUGCAGCAUCAAUGCAAAUUGUUCGUCUUGUAUCAUCCGGUGAUCUUGAUGAUCAUCCAACAUUAUUUUCAUCAGCUAAUGAAUCAUCAAUUGUUUCAAUACUUCCAUCAUUUUUUCGUGCACCAUGUCCAUUAACACGACAUAAUGUAUUUGGUCUUGGACCAAUGCAUGGUAUACGUUUAUGUUCACCAUCAGUUGAACAACAAGAUUUUGCAUUAUAUGAUCAUUUUCUUGCAUAUCAUCAAUUAAAUCGUGCAAGUGCUAUGAAAUUAGUUAAAGCUAUGAUGAAAAAUGAAAAUUCUAGUCAACGUAUAUUAUUUCGACCUGAUGAACAAGUUUUAAAUGAAACAGCAUAUGUAUCAUGUCCAUUAAGUAAUUAUAAUGCUGUUUUACCACAUCAAGAACGUAUACCACAUACACCAUGUCAAUCAACAGUUAAAUUACGUUAUUUAACUGGACAUUUACGUGAUGUACAUCAUUUAAAUAAAACAGCAGCUAAACGUAUUGCAUCAGCAUUACGUAAUGAACAAGGAACAAUUGAUAGUAGAUCUAUUGGAUUAUUUGAAAGAGAUGAAAAUAUUCUUAAAUCAAAAAAGAAAAAGAAUAAUGCAAAUCGUUUUCGACCACCAGCACAAUUAGCCAAAUAUGUUCAGCAAAAUAAUAAUCAUAAUCAACAGCAACCUCCACCACCUAUAUGGCAGUUAGUUUCAAAUACAAAAAAAUUACAAACGAAUCAAAAUGCAUCAAAAGGUUCUUUUACGUGGCAGCGUAAUUUUGAUAUUGUUCGUAUUAUCUAUUGCAUAUGCGAUGAAUGCGAAACAGAAACAACUGUCCAAGAAGAUACAACAGUUACAGUUACACCUGAAUCAACUACAAUAGUUGAAACUACACAAAAACCAAGUAAAACAACUAAAAAACGGCACAAAUCAUCUAAAUACGGCAAUAAACGAAGACGUCCAGGAUACGGUACCAUGAGUGAAAACGAUAGAUCAUCAUUGAACUCAUUAAAUGUUUGGAUUGCCUUUGGUGAUGGCUGGUUAGUUGAUGAAACACCAAGAUCUGGUGGACGAGGACGUGGUGAUCGUCGAAAUAAUGCAAAUUAUAAUAACGAAAUGGGUGAUGAAGAUACCGGUGAUGAUUAUAAGAAAGAAAAUAAUGAUAAACAACGUGCAUUUUCACGUAUACGUUUUCCAGUUCGUCAUUUUCCAAAUUAUCGUCAAUUUCCUAUUACACGUUUUCCACCACUUAUGUCAAUUCUUCCAUGGCUUCCAAUCUUUUAUGAUAAAGUUACUUAUCAAACAAUUAUUUUUUCACCAACAGGCGGCAUUUAUAUUUUACCUCCAUUGAUCAAUUUCUAUGGUCAACGUUUUGCUGUUGCUCAACUUAUCAAAUGGGGAUAUGCUUCUUUAGUUAGUACAGGUGCACCUCCACCACCUAAUGUUGAUGUAGCUUCACUUGUUCAACCAUCACAAGUUGUCAAUGUUGCUAAUACAGCUCCUACACCAGGCCUUGCUUUUGAUGAAAAACGAGUACAAUUUACUGAUGUUGAAGGUGAAGAUGAUACUUAUGACCCACCAUUUAACAAGAACUAUGGUUCGGAUUCAAAUUAUGAUACAACAAGUUAA